AUGAAGUCCCUUCGUGUCGAGUGGGACGACGAGUUUAAGGGUCGCCACCAGUACAAGGUCUCUUGGGCUGAGGGAUGUAAUAACGGUGGUGUUGGGGGUAGGGUCCAGGUGGGAUGCCUCGUCUACGCUUACAACGGAGGAACCGUCGCUGGGAGGGAUUAUGAAUCCAUUGGACUGUGGUGA